CUUUUCAAUUUUUCUAUCAAGCAGUGAAGACGUUCUUCUUCUUUUGAAAAUAAAAAUAAUUAAGAAAAAUAUUAAAAUGUUAGCAGAGUUCACUGUUAACAUUCAGCCUAUGAGUUUUCCAUGUGGCUUCAUAUUAAACUUCAAUCAGAUGAAAGGAAAUUCGUGAGAAAGUUUUGCAUUAUUAAAAGCACAUGGAACUCAUCAAAAUAGCG